UGAAAAAAGCACAUUGCGUCGAAGCGAGGGCAAAGGUGCAAAUUCCACGUGCGGCGAAGACGGCCAAAGCCAACAAAAGCCCUAAUUCCUGAAACGAAAUCUCAGCAGCGACGCCUUCUUCUCUCCCGGGGAUUUGCAAGGGAAGAGAUAUUUAAUUUUAGAGGAAAAAAAUGAAUGGAACGGAAGUAGAUGUGGUGGCUCAAGAUUUGAAAGGCUUGAAUAUUGAAGAACACCAAGGAACAAAGAAAAUUUCCAAUGAGAAUGAACAAAAUAAAGCAACAGAAACUUUCUAUACAAGAAAAUCUUGUGAAUGCUGGUGAUAAAACUACCACUUCCCAAUCUUCAUUGAAAGAUGAUGAAGAAGAUGUUCAAGCAGAUGGUCCAAGUUCAGAACCUUCUAAGAAGAAAAAGAAGAAAAGCAAAUCAAAGAAAAAGAAGGAACCUCUUGAGCAGACUAACCCACCAUCAAUUCCUGUUCAUGAACUUUUCCCUUCAGGGGAAUACCCAGAGGGUGAAAUUCAACAAUACAAGGAUGAUAAUUUGUGGAGAUUGACAUCUGAAGAGAAGAGGGAACUUGAGCGCCUUGAGAAACCCAUGUACAAUGCAGUUCGCCAAGCUGCAGAAGUUCAUAGGCAGGUGAGGAAAUAUAUGAGGAGUAUUAUAAAGCCAGGAAUGUUGAUGAUGGAUCUUUGUGAAACCUUGGAAAAUAUGGUCCGAAAGUUAAUCAAGGAGAAUGGUUUGCAAGCAGGCAUUGCCUUUCCAACGGGAUGUUCCCUAAAUUGGGUUGCAGCUCAUUGGACGCCAAAUUCUGGUGAUAAAACAGUACUUCAAUAUGAUGAUGUUAUGAAAUUAGAUUUUGGAACACAUAUGGAUGGGCAUAUAGUUGAUUGUGCUUUUACAGUUGCGUUUAACCCCAUGUUUAAUCCUUUGCUUGAGGCUUCAAGGGAGGCUACAAAUACUGGUAUAAAGGAGUCUGGUAUAGAUGUUCGACUCUGUGAUGUUGGUGCUGCAAUUCAAGAGGUUAUGGAAUCAUACGAAGUUGAAAUUAAUGGGAAAGUGUUCCAAGUGAAAAGCAUCCGAAACUUGAAUGGGCACAGCAUUGGGCCAUACCAAAUCCACGCUGGAAAAUCUGUUCCAAUUGUGAAAGGUGGUGAACAAACAAAAAUGGAAGAGGGUGAAUUUUACGCGAUAGAAACCUUCGCAUCGACAGGGAAAGGUUAUGUCAGAGAGGAUCUGGAAUGCAGUCAUUACAUGAAAAACUUCGAUGUUGGACACAUACCGCUAAGGCUUCCCCGAGCCAAACAGCUACUUGGAACAAUCAACAAGCACUUUUCAACAUUGGCCUUUUGCAGGAGGUAUUUGGAUCGUAUCGGGGAGACAAAAUAUCUAAUGGCCCUGAAAAAUUUAUGUGAUGCUGGUAUUGUUCAGCCAUACCCGCCUUUGUGUGAUGUGAAGGGAAGCUAUGUAUCACAGUUUGAGCACACCAUCUUACUGAGACCUACCUGUAAAGAAGUCAUUUCUCGAGGUGAUGACUAUUGAGCUCUCUGAAAUAAACAAAUCAAACCAACUAAUCAGCUCGACUACCCUCAAGCAUCCACCAUAUAAUCUUAUUGUGUUUAAUUAUCCCAUCUAUGUUUUGUAACAAUCUUAAGUUUAUGUAAGUCCAGCACUUAAUGUUUAAUCUGGAACUAAUAGCAACUGGUGAAUUUAUGUCAGUAAAUUGAUAGUUA